AUGAGGGCACCAUGGCUGUUGAGCUUUUUGUUCGCCUUGUUUCUCAUCUUCUCAUCAUCUUACCAACUUUUUGGUACCGGGGUAAGAGCAGAUUACUCAUCCAUUGAUUCCCGAUACUCCAAUACAGUUGCUAUAUAUAGUGUCAAAAGUUGGACAAACGAUGAAUCAUUUAUCCAGUCAACCUAUUUUGAAGAUGGCUCAAGAAUCAGAGCCAUUCUCCUUGAAGAAGACAGAUUCGCUUGUGGCUUCUUCUGUAAUGGAACAUGCACAUCCUACCUCUUUGCCAUAAUUAUCAAACCAUCAAAAACUGGGGGGGUUAACCCUGCAGCAGGUCCCACCGCAGCCAAUCCGGCGGUCAUUUGGUCAGCCAACCGAGACAAUCCGGUUAGUCUGGGUGCAAUACUGAGUUUCACUGAAGCUGGAGGAUUGGUGUUAGAGGACAUCGACGGAAGCAUUGUUUGGACUGCAAACAUUAUGAGUACUGAAGGCAGUCGACAAUAUACAAUGACGCUAAGUGAUAACGGAAAUCUGUUAAUACAUAAUUACCUAGACUCGAUGGUUUGGCAAUCUUUUGAUAACCCAACAGACUGUUUGGUAGAUGGGCAAAAACUACUUCAAGGACAGAAGCUCAUACCUAGUGUUUCAUCAUCUGACUGGACGUCUCAAAAAGACUUAUACUCUCUACAAGUCACCAAUAAAGGUCUGUUUGCUUAUGUUGAAUCAAACCCAAACCCACCUCAAGUCUAUUACUGUUACUUGGUAAAUGGAAAAAAUCCAAAUAAAGGAUUCAGUCAUGUUGAGCUCCAUGGGGGUUUGUUUUUCUUCAUUUCUUCUGCUGCUGGGCAAACUUAUCCUGACAAUGUGAUUCCCAUGCCUCAAGCAUUCGCUCCAGGCUUCCCACUUCAGUAUGUGAAACUCAUGCCAGAUGGGCAUUUGAAAGCAUUUGGCUGGAAACCAUCAGGAGGAGUAGGGGUGGUUGUGGUCGAUCUACUAACUGGUCCUCUUGGAGACUGUUUUUAUCCUUUGGUUUGUGGGAGAAAGGCUAUUUGCUCGGCUAAUCAUAAUCAAUCAUGUAGUUGUCCCGGGACAGACUCUUUUAAAGCAGUGAAUGAGAGCCAACCCAACAUGGGUUGCUCUCAUGUUACUCCUCUCACAUGUAAUGCCACCCAACAUCAAUAUUUCAUUGAGCUCAUGUACGUUACGUACUUCACGUAUAGCGCUGCCGACAUGGAGGAUGUCGAUAAGGAGAUUUGCAAAGAAGCGUGUCUCAACACCUGCUCAUGGAAAGCUGCUAUAUUCAACUACGGUUCGAAUUCUUCAAGUGGGACUUGUUAUUUACCUUCUGAGCUUUUUACACUGACAGAAGUUGAUGUAAAUCUCAAUUCUUCAGCUUUUAUAAAAGUCCAGACCUCAAAGAGAAGAAAUCAUGUUGCAACAAUUCUAGGCGCCACAAUUGCAAGUUUAGUGCUUGUUGUGUUUGCAGGUUUUACUAUGUUCACACUCCAAAAAAAUAAAAAGAAAACUGAAAUAGAUGAAGAGUAUUUAGAUCAACUACCAGGAAUGCCUACUCGGUUUUCCUAUGAAGAACUAAAAAUAGCAACAGAGAAUUUCAGUACAAAGCUUGGCGAAGGAGGAUUUGGAUCGGUGUUUGAAGGGACUAUCAAAGAUGGCUCGAGGAUUGCAGUAAAAUGUCUUCAUGGUCUUGUGCAGGUGAAGAAAUCAUUCCUGGCUGAAGUUGAGUCCAUUGGCAGCAUUCACCAUGUGAAUCUAGUUCGCCUUAGAGGAUUUUGUGCUUGGAGUUCACAGCGGUUUCUCGUAUACGAAUUCAUGAAUAACGGAUCAUUAGACCAAUGGAUCUACUAUGGAGACCGAAAGCAUGUACUCACGUGGGAUUGUAGAAGGAAGAUCAUUCUUGAUAUUGCUAAAGGUUUAGCAUAUCUCCAUCAAGAUUGUAGGCAAAAAAUCAUUCACCUCGAUAUUAAACCUCAAAACAUACUCCUCGAUGUCGAUUUCAAUGCCAAAGUAUCUGACUUUGGGUUGUCCAAACUCAUCGAUAGAGAUCAAAGCCAAAUGAUAACUACAAUGAGAGGAACCCCUGGCUAUCUGGCUCCAGAAUGGCUGGGUUCAAUUAUCACUGAAAAGGUGGAUGUAUAUAGCUUUGGGAUCCUUCUUUUGGAGAUCUUAUGUGGAAGGAAGAAUUUUGAUAGAUCUCAGCCGGAAGAAAGUUGGCACUUACUACGUGUCUUUCAAAGUUGUUGGGAACAAGGGACUUUGUUAAGUAUAGUUGACAGGUACAGCCAAGACAUGCAGGUAUAUGCUACAGAGGUCAUGGAGAUGAUGAAAAUGGCUUCAUGGUGUCUACAGACAGAUUUUACGAAAAGGCCUUCAAUGUCAUCGGUGGUUAAGGUAUUAGAGGGAGUAACAAAUAUUGAAUCCAACUUGGACUACAACUUCUUGUAUCCAAAACUGCAGAAAAUAACAGACAAACAUGAGAAAAGCUCAAAACCAGUGUUACCUUCCAUUCUAUCCGGCCCGAGAUAUGGAAGUGAACUUACAUUGUUGGGUUUUAUGGAAGCGGAGCGUUCUGAUAACCGAUUAUCCGGUUGCCUCGAGAUUCAGCAGUGCACAUGGGCCUACUAUAGUCCAGGUUAG